AUGGCUGACUUGACUGCUAGUCCAUCUCGUCGGGACGAGGAUGAGGUGUGUCCCAUCUGCAAAUCCUCAAGAUACCUCAACCCAGACAUGCGAUUCCUUAUAAACCCAGAAUGCUACCACAAAAUGUGCGAAUCUUGUGUGGACCGGAUAUUCUCGUCAGGUCCGAACUCGUGUCCGGUGGUCGGUUGUAAGAAGACCUUGCGAAAGAAUCGAUUUCGAACACAGACCUUUGAAGAUAUCGGCGUGGAAAGGGAGGUGGAUAUACGAAAGAGAGUUAUGGCAAUUUUGAAUCGCCGCGAAGAUGAAUUCGACAGCAAACUAGACUGGGACAACUUCCUUGAACAACGCGAAACCAUGAUCAUGAACCUCGUCUCCGGCAUCGACGUCGCAAAAACUGAAGCUGACCUUCGCAAAUACGAAGCCUCAAACCUUGACUCCAUCCGCGCCAACAAGGCCCGCGCAUCGCAAGAAGCCUCCUCCUUUCUGGAGCAGCAAUCCUUUGAACAAGAACAAGCUCGUCUACGCCGCCUAGCAGCACGAGAAGAAUACGAACGAGAACAGCGCGAACUCGCCGCCGGCCGUGAAGAGGUGCUUUCUCGACUCGCAUCAGGCCGGCCCGGCGACGCAGCUAGUAUUGCACGAGAAGGUCAAAAGAUCUUACUCAAGAAAUCAUCCGCGCGCCGAAGUGAAGAGGAGAGAUUACGACAGAAACAAGCUGCUCUGCGCGGCGAAAAGACCAAAGGGGCUCGAGUUGUAUCUGCUACUACAGAUUCGGACGCAGAACCGAGCCUUAUCAAAGGUCUCAAGAAAGUCUCUAUACCAGAGCCCGAGAAACCCUACGACCCCUUUGGUGGUAUCCAAGCAGACAAGCGGGAUUACUAUGUAUUGCAAGACCAUUAUCCGGCUCAAUGGCUUGAACAGGCUCGUAACAAUGCGACGUUUGCAGCAGGAGGGUUCGAUGUUAAAGAGUAUUAUUCGCGAUCACUCUUCGAAGCCUUUGCUGGCCUGGCUGUCUUUGUUGAUGAGGAGGUUCCAAAAAGGGAUGAUUUUGGUGGCGUGACCUCGAAAGCUGCUGUUGCCACGAGAGGGGCUGCACAGCAAGCUGCUACGGUUCGCGCUUCUGAUGAUGUUUUUUGA